GGUGGGAUGAAAUAAACCUCAAUGUUGAUUCCUGGUGACCUAUAUGCACAUAGUAGCGAGAUGGCUUCAGCUUAGCCCCCCGAGUAUCAUCGGGCGAAAUGCCCACGCUGUAUAUUGUACAAGUAAUUGAAAAGAAAUAGCGCAAAUCAAAGACAAACUCCCGUCCCAAACCCCUGCAAUGAUUCAUACAAAUGCUUCUGCCGAGGGGAUUCCACACGUGAUGGAUUUGAUCGAGCGAUGGCGCGGACAGAUAUGGCAAGAGUGGACCAGUGAGAAAUGAUCGAAAGAAUUAAAGCAAUAUUUUCACAUGGAGCGUCCCAUUUACCGCUUCGGCCACUGUCUCCAGCCACGACCAUGACCUCUCUACAAGACAAAGUUAGCUCCAUUCCUGUACUCAGCAUGUUUUGGAGGAUACUCACCUGCUUCCACAACCGGAUCAUCUCCGGCAUUUCCACCAUCGCCUUGCGACGAUCCUCGAGUCUCGCCUCCAUUGUGCGCUCCCACUUGUGACCCUUGACCUUCUGGCCGAUACCAGUACCCUUGAUCCGGAGACCACGCUCCGCCAGUUUGGCAGCCUUGUAUUCGGUGGACUUGGGUCCAGGAGGCAAGAGUGGCUCGACGUUGUACUUCACAGCCAACUUGACUAGAUCCGCCUGUUGUCGCAGCCCGUAUCGGGGACCAAUCCACUUCUUUGAGUUGAAGAUCUUCCGCGGCAAGAAUGGGUUUUGGUUCUUAGGGUCGUUGUACAAGAGCGCACGGGAGGGCGAGAAGGCCUCAGGGUCUUGUCGGUGAGCACCCUUUGCAUCACGAUCGGGGGUGUAGGGCGAGGGAAGGGUCUGGUCGGCGGAGGCUUCGCUCUCCGGGGGAGUCGGACGCGGUGCGACCAGGGAGGAGUAUAUCUGGGGAGGGUAACGAGCGAAGAAGUUGCGUAGGCGGUUAGGCAGAGCGCCCACGUUCUGCGUGAUGGAGGACAUCACGGUCGUCAAGGGGGGUUGAUCAAUUGAGGCCGGAAAUGAUCACGAUGUUUUGGAUGAUGGGCAACCGAUAAAAGUUGAAGCCGCUGGCCGCAAUGCACUAAACCCCGAUGGGCAGAUUUGGGGCCUUGUGGCCUAAGGCGGCGAGACUUCCCAUCUCGUAAUUUCCUUCAGCACCAGUUCUCCGUUGCUGGUUUCAGCCUUAUCAUCCCUUUACACCUCCCAUUUUUAUCGCCGGCGCUACUCUUAUUUAUUGUCACUAGGCUCAUUAUCUCAAUCGAUACGCUUCGUUUCCUGUGCGCAUACCCAGAAUCCCUGCCAUCAUGGCGGACUACCACUUUGGAGGCUCCGAGGAGGAGAACGCCGAGUUGAGGAAGCUCGAAACCGAGCUGGUUGAUGAUCCUGAUAACUUCGAGACCUGGGAGAAGCUUGUUCGCGGCGCUGAAGCUCUCGAGGGUGGAAUCAAUCGCAAUUCCAACCCCCAGGCGAUUACCACAGUGCGCAACGUCUACGAUCGCUUCCUUGCCAAAUUCCCCCUUUUGUUCGGAUACUGGAAGAAAUAUGCCGACCUAGAAUUCUCCAUCACCGGCACUGAAGCCGCAGAGAUGGUCUAUGAAAGAGGUGUUGCCAGUAUCUCUCCAUCAGUGGACCUCUGGACCAACUACUGCUCCUUCAAAGCCGAAACUUCGCACGAUGCCGAGAUCAUUCGAGAUCUUUUCGAACGUGGUGCGAGCAGCGUAGGCCUGGACUUUUUGGCGCAUCCUUUCUGGGACAAGUACAUCGAGUUUGAAGAACGAGUCGAGGCCCAGGACAAGAUCUUUGCCAUUCUCGGCCGGAUCAUCCAUAUCCCGAUGCACCAGUAUGCCCGCUACUUUGAGCGUUAUCGUCAGCUCGCCCAGACUCGCCCUCUGGCUGAGUUAGCCCCCACAGAGACCAUGUCCGAGUUCCGAUCGGAAAUCGAGGCUGCGUCUUCCCACGUCCCUCCAGGUGCCAAGGCUGAAGCUGAGAUUGAGCGUGAUCUUCGACUGCGUGUUGACAACUACCAUUUGGAGGUGUUCUCAAAGACGCAGACCGAGACUACCAAGCGCUGGACCUACGAGUCGGAAAUCAAGCGGCCGUAUUUCCACGUGACAGAAUUGGAUGAGGGUCAGCUCACGAAUUGGAAGAAGUACCUUGAUUUCGAGGAGUCCGAAGGUUCGUUCAACCGCAUUCAGUUCUUGUAUGAGCGCUGCCUCGUGACAUGCGCGCACUAUGAUGAGUUCUGGCUCCGUUACGCACGUUGGAUGGCUGCUCAGUCAGGCAAAGAGGAAGAGGUGCGAAUUAUCUACCAGCGUGCCAGCUACCUCUACGUUCCCAUCGCCAACCCCACGGUUCGACUGCACUAUGCGUACUUUGAAGAGUUGUCAGGUCGGACAGAUGUCGCCAAGGAUAUCCACGGGGCUAUUCUUAUGAACCUCCCCAGCCACGUUGAGACUAUCACGUCGCUGGCCAAUCUUUGCCGCCGCCACGGUGGCCUUGAGGCGGCUAUUGAGGUGUACAAGACCCAGCUGAACUCUCCGCAGUGCGAAAUGGCCACUAAAGCGGCUCUCGUUGCUGAAUGGGCGCGUCUGCUGUGGAAGAUCAAGGGCGCACCUGAUGAUGCUCGCAAGGUGUUCCAAGAUAACCAGCAGUACUACCUUGACAGCCGGCCCUUCUGGACUAGCUAUCUCAUGUUUGAGAUCGACCAGCCCACAAGUGCCGAUGUUGAGUCGACUCAGUAUGAGCGUAUCAAGCAGGUUGUCUCUGAUGUGCGCUCUAAGAGCACACUUCUUCCCGAGACCGUCAAGGAGCUUGUGCAAAUCUACAUGGCAUACCUCCUCGAACGAGGAACCAAAGACACUGCCAAGGAAUACAUGACCCUGGAUCGUGAGGUGCAUGGCCCGGCCUCUGUGGCUGCUGCUCGGACUGGAGGCACUUUCGCGGCUCCUCCGGUGGCUCCUGCUGACGCACAGCCCGCAAUUCCUCCCCCAGUUCAACAACCUGCUCCAGACCAAGCUGCUGCUACUGCUCAAGCCUAUGCUGCUUGGCAGCAGCAACAGAGCCCUGUCAACGGCGCAUUAGUUGCCUAGGCCUAUGGCUUCCAGCCAAUCCUGAUGCUUUAUAAUGGCCUCAGCUCUCCUCACGUCUCUCUAUGAAUACUUCCAUCCCCGACGGUUCCCCCACCUUGCCGUCUGAUUUGUCUUUUUUUCUGCCUGGUGCCUGACACCUUCUCAAUCUGGGUGGGUAAACUCUUUUCCAUGUAGCAUCAUGUUCUUGCCGAUCCAGGCAUCGUUCUCGUUUCCCUCAGGUUUGUUAGCGAUUUUGGUGCGCCGAAACGGCCCUCAUUCCCCUGUCCCCCUUAAGAGGUCUUACAUACGGUCACUACUUUCCCCUUCUCCCUUACCGGUACCCCUUUGUGGUUGGAGCAAGAUAGGUGGUCCCAUCCGGAUCAAUUGUACUUUAUUUAACCAUUCAAUGUGAUUUUCGCUCGCAUCUAGUCCAUUCCUUUCAUGCCAAAUAUCCAAGUAGGGGCUAAGGUAGGGCCUGAAGCCG